AUGCAGAAUGAUAUAAAUUUAUCAUUGAAUGAAGCUCCAAAUAAAUAGACAAUAAUGGUCAUUGGAUUACAAUAAGCUGGAAAGACUACAUUUGCUUAGAAAUUUUCAGCUAUAAAUUAAAAACUUUUCUAAGAAUCCAAAAUUCCAGAUUAUGAUAUAGAAUUAAUUGAUACUCCAUCCUAUGAUUCAUUUUUCACAUUAUUACCUUUUAGAGAUCCUAAAGUUACUGGAUAUAUCAUUAUAUUUUGUUAGCUAAAUUCUGAAAUUAUGAAAUCCACAAAGUAAAUUAGAAAAAAAUUAUUUUCAAUAAAUGGUUAACAUAAAAGGACAGUAAUACUUUUUAAUGAAUUUACAUAUUUUGAUACUAGAUCCUCUGAAAUUCAAGAAGAAAUAAUGAAUAUCAAAUAUUGGUGUAAACAAUAGGAUAUUCUAUUUUCCUAGCUGGAUAUAAAAAGAGCAUCUUGCAAGUAAAUAAGUAAAAUAGAUCUUUAAAUAGUUAAUCUUUUUGAAAAGAUGUUUAUGAAAAAAAUAAGAACAACUCUGGCUCAGAAAAUAUUUAUCAUCAUCUAGUUUGGAAUGGGAAUCUACAUUUUUCUAUUUGCUAUUUGGUUAUCGAUUAAUGAUCCAUCUUUAAUUGUAAAAUAAAUUAAUUUUUUUUAGAUAAGUAAUAUUUCUUAUGAGAUUUACUGCCUAGCUUUGUUAUGUUUAGGGAUUUCAAAUAUAUUCAUACCAUAUUUUUGUAUUAAUUUGAUAGUAUUUUUAGUUAGAACAGGAAUAAAGGAUUCAAACACAUAAUGCAUUAAUAGAGUAAACAACAUUUAGUUACUAAGUCCAAAAUUUUCAGUUGUUUAGUAACUGUUAUCUCAGUCAUUACCCUGAU